UCAGCAGCGGCGGCGGCGGCGGCGGCGCUCGGCGCGGGCAGGUCCCCCGCUGCCCAGUCCCAUUUGUUGUCUAGUCUGGCUCGGGGCGGCCGCGGCUCGCGGAGCUCCGGGGAGCCCGGCGGGGCAGCCGCGCAGCCACGACGGAGCAGCCUCGGGACUGGCCGCCCCGCGCCCCUUUCGCCGCCGUGCCCUUUCCCGGCGCACUCACCCCCUUCUCGGGAUGGGAUUGUAGCGGCGGCGCGGACUCAGCGGGGAUCGCAGCGGAGGCGGCGGCGGCGGCGGCGGCGGCGGCCGAGCGGGGCUCCAUGUUUUCCCCCGACCAGGAGGAACACUGCGCCCCCAAUAAGGAGCCGGUGAAAUACGGGGAGCUGGUGGUAUUGGGGUACAAUGGUGCUUUACCUAAUGGAGACAGAGGCCGGAGGAAAAGCAGAUUUGCUCUCUAUAAACGACCCAAGGCUAAUGGAGUCAAACCGAGCACGGUCCACGUGAUAUCCACGCCACAAGCAUCCAAGGCUAUCAGCUGCAAAGGUCAACACAGCAUAUCAUAUACUCUGUCAAGGAAUCAGACUGUGGUGGUGGAGUACACACAUGAUAAAGAUACGGAUAUGUUUCAGGUGGGCAGAUCAACUGAAAGCCCAAUCGACUUCGUCGUCACAGACACAGUCUCUGGCGGUCAGAACAGUGACGAAGCCCAGAUUACACAAAGCACCAUAUCCAGGUUUGCCUGCAGGAUUGUCUGCGACAGGAAUGAACCUUACACAGCACGGAUAUUCGCAGCCGGAUUUGACUCUUCCAAAAACAUAUUUCUUGGAGAAAAGGCAGCAAAAUGGAAAAACCCCGAUGGCCACAUGGAUGGGCUCACCACAAACGGGGUCCUGGUGAUGCAUCCCAGAGGGGGUUUCACUGAGGAGUCUCAGCCCGGGGUCUGGCGUGAGAUCUCUGUCUGCGGAGAUGUGUACACCUUGCGAGAAACCAGGUCGGCCCAGCAGAGGGGAAAGCUGGUGGAAACUGAGACCAACGUCUUGCAGGAUGGCUCCCUCAUCGACCUGUGCGGGGCCACCCUUCUCUGGAGAACCGCGGACGGCCUUUUCCACACUCCAACUCAGAAGCACAUAGAAGCCCUGCGGCAGGAGAUCAACGCGGCCCGGCCACAGUGCCCCGUCGGGCUCAACACGCUGGCCUUCCCCAGCAUCAACAGGAAGGAAGUGGUGGAGGAGAAGCAGCCCUGGGCCUACCUCAGCUGCGGCCACGUGCACGGGUACCACAACUGGGGCCACCGGAGCGACACGGAGGCCAACGAGAGGGAGUGUCCCAUGUGCAGGACUGUGGGCCCCUACGUGCCUCUGUGGCUCGGCUGCGAGGCCGGUUUUUAUGUAGACGCAGGACCGCCCACGCACGCUUUCACCCCGUGUGGACACGUGUGCUCGGAGAAGUCUGCAAAAUACUGGUCUCAGAUCCCGCUGCCUCACGGAACUCACGCGUUUCAUGCCGCCUGCCCUUUCUGUGCCACGCAGCUGGUGGGGGAGCAGAACUGCAUCAAAUUAAUUUUCCAAGGUCCAGUUGACUGAUACCCUUGACAGCCAUCUACGACUUUAUUAACAAGUUACUGUGAAGAUUUUUGCCACUAACUCUCGAUUUUACCUUUUUAUAAUGCUGUUUAUUAAGGGGUGGGGGGCGAAGCUGGGAGGAAAGAGGGAACAUAGUGAUGAAACAUGCUAGGAAUUUAACAGAUAUCAGUGGUGUGUUGCAUGCCCAAAACAGCAGCAUCGUCAUUGAAGUCUGCUUGAUUAAACCACAUUAUCUUUGUAAUAAUUGGAUUUAAAAUGCCAUGCUUUUAUUUUAACCCUGGAUUUAUAAACUUUUUUUUUCUUUUGUAGCUUUGGAUAACACUUUAAAUCAUAUUUUACAAAUGAAGAAUUGUAUUCAAAACUGUUGGCUCAUAAUAUGCCGCUUCCCAUUCUGCAGGGUGUAGGUAUUACCUGAAAGACAUGUGAUAUCUAGAAAUACCUAAUACAAGCUAGUAUCUGACCAGGUACCAAAAGAAUGGCUCUAUAAAACACUGUCGGGCAGAAGACCGUAGGUACAGGUGGUGGUUUUGAAAUCUGGGGCUUUUUUUAAAAUUUAUUUUUCUUAACAUUUAGGGGGAAAGAAUAUUCGUAUGUUGUCCUGUUUUGCUUUGUUUUUUUAAUUAACUUUGGUGGAAUUUGAUUAUUUUAUACACACAUUCACCAAAUACCUUGGCAUUUCAAACAAAGAAUUUUCCGUAGCUUUUUAGUCUGCCUUUUGUUAUUUCUGUCUAAUAUAUUUUGUCCCUGAUACUCAUCGUGCAUGGCCAUAACUGUUUGGUCAAUUAAAAUGUAGCAACUUCUAAAAAUUCUUUCACUAAGGGUGAUUAUUGCAGCAGUAAACAUGGCCUGCCUAGGAAUUCUAAUAGCAAGUUUAUUUACUUACCAAGUUAUUUAAGAUUUAAGAGCGAUUAAAAAUGAGAUUUUACUUUUUAAAACCACUUGUUGGGGUUUCAUAAUUUUUUUUUUUUUUUUUGUUCCUUAAGAAAGCCAAGAAGAUUCUGUGAGCCUAAAAGCAACAUGUCACAAUGACACAGGCGUUUCGUUCAUUCCCUCUCCGCCAUCUGUCACCUUUCCUCGCAGCCUGUAAGCUGAAAGUUUUGAAAAUGUUUGCAAAUCAAACUACAUUUAAAUGUGAUCAUUAGAUAUACACAACACCAAGGGGUACAUCUGCAGAGAUAAUUUGAAAUCCCUGAUUUAAAGAGAGCAAAUGAGUGUUUACUGAGGAUUAAUUAAAUCAAAAUUUCAGAUGAGCACCUCCAUCCCUCUGUUAUUUUCAUUUCAUUUGGAAUAAUAACUCUUGGGUGCUCAGUCUGUGUGGUACCAGUAUAUCACUGCUCCCAGAAUGGAGAGAUCCUUUAAGACAAAGCUGGCUGAGAUGAAGUAGAUCCCUGCCACAUGGAGCAAGUAUUUAUUUAAACUAACAUCCUCUUAAAUUGACCAUUGCACAUUCGUGCUACAUUUUUUUACUUUUGUAAAGAUAUCUAAUUUAUAUGGUUCUAAUAUACU